UUAUCUGUCAACAAAAUUCCAGAAAAUUUUUUAUACGUUUUUUUGGAAAUUCUAAAUUAAUAAAUAAUUUAAAAUGGUCAGAAAAUAUUCUGCACUAACGUAUAUUAAUCAAAGAGCCAGAGAAAUCAGGCGGCAAGUUGCUUCAUCUUUUGUGUACUUAAGUCGAAGGAUUCUGGAAGAAUACUUGGAAAGGUGCCGUAUUUACAAGCGGAAUAAUUGGCCCCAUUACGAAGCUGUUUUUACUCGCCAUUUCUUUUACGGAGGUCCUGGACAGAGACGAAAAACGAAAAAAGCUAGAAAAAAUCAGAGGCAGGCAAGAACAAAGCCGAUGCUUCGAAAAACCCAAAAUACAAAGCAAUUUAAAAGAAAAGCAAUAAAUAGAAGGAGAAAACCAAUCAUAGUUUUGAAAAGUUGCAGAAAUUUUCAUUCAACGACCAGCAGUAUUUGCUGCCUUUGCCAAUGCAUGAUGGAAUAAAGAAGAGACACAUAAAAAUCACAAAAAAUAUCAAGUUCAUCCCCAUGGUACCUUAAUACCAACUUUAUUUUUUUUUGUU